AUGAUAAUAUUCCAUCAUGAACCUAAAACAUUCGCCGAUAUUGUUAUUCCAUUAAAUUUUCAAAUUACUAUUACGAAUCAAAAAUUUAUUUUAUAUGAUAAUAAUGAUGAUAAUCGUCGAUUAUUGAUAUUUGCUAGCAAAGAACAAUUGGAUUUUUUAAAUCAAUGUGAGAGUUGGCAUUGUGAUGGUACAUUUGCUGUUGCUCCUAAAAUGUUUGAACAAAUGUAUUCCGUCUAUGGUUCAAUACGUGGAAAAAGCUUACCAUUGGUUUACUCACUUUUACCUAAUAAAGAUCAGGAAACUUAUGAAGAAUUAUUCAAAAUUGUCAAACAACAUGUUACUCGUAAACCAAAGUACAUUUCAAUCGAUUUUGAAAAAGCAGCUGAAAAUGCAUUUGGUGUUAUAUAUCCUCAAUGUGAAAUAUUUGGCUGUUUCUUUCAUUUCAAACAGUGUAUCUGGAGACAUAUUUGUGAACUACAUUUGAAAAAAGAAUUUCUUGAAAAUGAUGUUAGUCGUCGAACAAUGAAAAAUUUAGCUGCUCUUGCAUUCAUUCCACCACAAAAUGUUAUUGAAGAAUUCGUUCGAAUAAAAGAAAAUGUAUUAGAUGGUAAAUAA